CUGGUUCUAACAGCUUCCGGUUGAAGCCGGAAGAGACCGGACCCUGGACAGAAUCAGGGCUAGCCAGCCCCUCCCCCGGCCCCUACAGAAAGUUGCAAUGUGCCAGGCACUGUGCUAAGUAUUUUGCUUCGAUGAUUUCCCGUCAUCUUCAAAACAACCUUAUGAGUGUGGACCCAGUCAGCAGCCAGGCCAUGGAGCUCUCUGAUGUCACCCUUAUUGAGGGUGUGGGUAAUGAGGUGACUGUGGUAGCAGGUGUGGCGGUGCUGAUUCUAGCCUUGGUCCUAGCUUGGCUCUCUACCUACGUAGCCGACAGCGGUAGCAGCCAGCUCCUGGGCACUAUUGUGUCAGCUGGCGAUACAUCCGUCCUCCACCUGGGGCAUGUGGACCAUCUGGUGGCGGGCCAAGGCACCCCAGAGCCAACCGAACUCCCGCAUCCAUCAGAGGGUAAUGAUGAGAAGGCUGAAGAGGCUGGCGAAGGUGGGGGAGACUCCACAGGGGAACCCGGAGCUGGGGGUGGUAUUGAGCCCAGCCUUGAGCAUCUGCUUGACAUCCAAGGCCUGCCCAAAAGACAAGCGGGCCCGGGGAGCAGCGGUCCAGAGGUGCCCCAGACAUCUGAGGAUAGCACCUGCCUCAUCAAUGUGCGGCUCAAAUUCCUCAAUGACACCGAGGAGCUGGCUGUGGCCAGGCCAGAGGAUACUGUGGGUGCUCUGAAGAGUAAAUACUUCCCUGGACAAGAAAGCCAGAUGAAACUGAUCUACCAGGGCCGCCUGCUCCAGGACCCAGGCCGCACACUGCGUUCCCUGAACAUUACCGACAACUGUGUGAUUCACUGUCACCACUCACCCCCUGGGUCAGCUGUUCCAGGCCCCUCGGCCUCCCUGGCCCCCUCUUCAGCCACUGAGCCGCCCAGCCUCGGCGUCCGUGUGGGCAGCCUCAUGGUGCCUGUGUUGGUGGUGCUGUUGGGCGUGGUCUGGUACUUCCGUAUCAAUUACCGCCAGUUCUUCACAGCACCUGCCACUGUCUCCCUAGUGGGGGUCACUGUCUUCUUCAGCUUCCUAGUAUUUGGGAUGUAUGGACGAUAAGGACCAUAGGGAGAAAAUGCAAGGCGUGGUCUUCCUCCUUUAUGGCCUCCCCCCUUUCCUGGCCAGAGCUGGGCCCAAGGGCCUGGGAGGGAAGGGUGGAAAGGAUGUGGUGGGUCCCCCUCCAGAGGACCCAGGAGGCAGGCACGGGGCCUCCCCUUCACGUCCACGAGGGUACGGACAUCCCCUCUGUGCAAGCACAACUCAGGUAGAAAUGAGAAGGUCAUCUUCCUUCACUUUUAAGGUCCUGAAGUUCAGAGCUGAGCUGGCGUUCCAGCUCAACGGGGAGCCUGGGCUCUGAGGAUUCCCUCCCAGCUGUGGCCCUAGCUCUUUGCAUUACCCUGCAUGUCUGCUCCUCAGCCCCCAGGGCUGCCUGUCAGGGCAGCUCAGCAUGGCCCCAGCAUACAUCUAUAGGGAGCCUGGAGUACCUUUCGGUUCCCUAGUGGAAUAUCCAUCUUUUGAGACUGAAAUCACGUGGGCAGGAGUGACGUUUGUGUCGGCCUUCCCUGUAGGCACCUGGCCACCUCUACCUUCUCCCUCCACCCCGUAGCAGGAAUAGGGUGUUCUCUGUGUUCUGGAUGGUUUCCAGUGUUCUUUUUUUCAAAGCACUUUGCUUAUAUUCUUUAAAAAAGAAAAAAAAAAAGAGUCCCUUAUAGAGCUCAGUCAGGAAGGGGAUUGGGGCACAAAGCCAAGCCCCCAGCAUUGGGAGAGGCCGGGCCACAGCUGCUGCUACCCUAGGCCUAAGGCUGUAAGCAACAGGCAGCCCUGGCCCUCAGCCAGCGUCCUACUCUGCCCAGCUCCAAGGACGAGCGCUGGGCCCCAGGCCCUUGCCUCUGGGGCUCUUGGAUGGAGGGCCAGGAUCUGUGACUGAAUAAAGUUCCAUUUUGUGGCCGUGGCGUCUCCUGUGACAUUAAGAGAAUGCCGCAGCUCUGCCCCCAGCAACAUGGGAAUGAGGGUGGGGAGGCCGGGCUACCAACGGGAGAUGCAGUUUAUUUACACCAGCAGCCAUGGGGGCAGGGGGAAUACACAGCGUUUACAAAGUUAGCUACCUGUACAGGAUGGAUUACAUAUGCAAAAAUAAAAAUCU